GCGCCUCCUCACUUAAACGGCGAGUGAGUUCGCGCAAGCGCCACUACUUAGUACGUGAGCGCUGCUUUGCGCACUGUGGUGGCCACCUUUCCUUCGUGUGGUUGGUCUCGUUGUGUCAGUGACAGCUGACGUACGUCGUGGAACCUUUUUGCAUCAGCGCGCAAUCGGGAAAGCAAGCCUGGGCAUUAUCGAACUAUGGCGGCGGUUGCCGGCUCGAAAUGGAAGGAAGCAACGGGCGCAGCCUUGCUCCUCUCUAUGCUGCUUACGACACUACCGGUAGUGUUCUGCGAUAAAGCACCUCCUGACAUCGUGUUCUUUUUUGCAGAUGACUUGGGUUGGGAUGAUCCCAGCUUUCACGGGUCUUCCCAAAUACCUACGCCAAAUCUGGACGCCUUGGCGGCGGAUGGCGUCAUACUCAACAAGUUCUACGUUGAGCCUGCCUGCACGCCUUCGAGGUCGGCUUUCAUGACCGGCCGCUACCCAAUACGCAUGGGUACUCAGGGAUACCCAGUCGAUAUAGGCCAGCCCUGGGGACUCCCUCUGGAUAUACGUAUUCUGCCCCAGUACCUGCAAGACCUUGGUUACGAGACCCAUUUAGUAGGAAAGUGGCACCUUGGCUCAUGCAUGAAGAGUCUUACGCCACCACAGCGGGGAUUCGACAGCUUCUACGGGUUUUACUACGGAGAAGAGGACUACUACAGCCACAAUGCAACUUACGAGGACCACACGGGUCUUGACUUCUGGUUCAACGACGAGCCCAGAUGGAGAGACAGCGGGAAGUAUUCGACGACGUUAUUCACUGAAAGGGCCCAGGAAAUCAUACGCAACCGAAGGAAGGUGAAGACGCUUCUCGAAAGAUUUAAGCGCUGUUUAAGCACUCGCCUGGUAAUAUUCGCGAUGAUUUUCAAUGUCAUGCCAUCUUAAGAUGAAUAGUUACAACCAUGCAGA